AUGUCGCACCGUAAGUUUGAAAGACCACGCCACGGGUCGUUGGGUUUUUUGCCAAGAAAAAGAUGUAAACGAAUGAGGGGUAAGAUAAGAUCAUUUCCAAAGGAUGAUAAGGAAAAGCCUCCUCAUUUCACUGCCUUUUUGGGGUAUAAGGCAGGUAUGACACAUAUCGUAAGAGAAGUGGAUAAACCAGGAUCAAAACUACACAAAAAGGAAAUUGUUGAAGCAUGCACAAUUAUUGAAUGUGCUCCAAUGGUUGUUGUUGGAAUGAUAGGAUAUAGAGAAACACCCAAAGGAUUAAGAAUAUUAACUACAGUAUGGGCUAAUCAUGUAUCCGAUGAGUUUAGAAGGAGGUAUUAUAAAAAUUGGUAUAAUAGUGAUAAGAAAGCAUUUACAAAAAGUUUAAAUAUUCCCCAGUCGACAAAAGAAUUACUUUAUAAAAGAUUAGAAAAAUAUUGCACCAUACUUAGAGCUGUUUGUCAUACUCAACCAUCAAAAACUCCUUUACGUAUGAAGAAGGCACAUAUUAUGGAGAUUCAGAUAAAUGGAGGUACAAUGAAAGAGAAGAUCAAUUUCGUUAAGGAUUUAUUAGAAAAGAAUUUACCUGUAUCCACUGUAUUUAAUGACAACGAGAUGAUUGAUGUUAUCAGUGUUACAAAAGGGCAUGGUACAAAAGGUGUUGUUAGUAGAUAUGGAGUAAAAAGAUUACCAAGAAAAACACACAGAGGAUUACGAAAAGUUGCUUGUAUAGGUGCUUGGCAUCCAGCUAGAGUUCAAUUUCAAGUACCAAGACAUGGUCAGAAAGGAUAUUUUCAUAGAACAGAAAGAAAUAAAAAAAUUUAUCGUAUUGGUUUAAAAAAAGAUAAAAAUAGUGCAUCCACGGAUGCUGAUAUUACAGAAAAAAAAAUUACUCCUAUGGGUGGCUUUCCACAUUAUGGUAUUGUAAAUGAAGAUUUUAUUUUAUUAAAAGGUUGUGUAGCUGGAACAAAGAAAAGACCCAUUACUUUGAGAAAAACAUUGGUACCACAAGUGUCAAGAGAUGCCGUAGCUCAAAUUGCUCUUAAAUUUAUUGAUACUUCAUCCAAAAUAGGCCAUGGAAGAUUCCAAACCAGUGAAGAAAAAAUCAAAUAUUAUGGACCCUUAAAGAAAGACUUAAAACCAUAG